AAAGGGUAUGAGAUUUAUGUUUUAGAUUUUAACGAAAUUUUUGAGAUUAAAGAAAGGCCUUAAAACAUGCCGCCCAAUGCUUCAAAAUACAAAACAAUGAAGCCAAAUCAAAAGAAGAAGAAGAUGAUGUGAAACCUUUAACAGCGUGGCAAAUUGUAUAUAAACGCGUUAAGUGCACCUUUUUAUCCCAUUUUCUUAGCAUAAAUAUUCAAUGCUUCACCCUCAUCUUUUUUUGCAUUCCUACCUCUCAUGUACAAACUGUGAUUUCUGAAUCCCUUUGUUAUCGUUAUUGUUGCUGCUGUUGCUGUGCUCUUCUGCACUUUUCUUUUCAUGAGAAGGGAGGCCUUGAGGUUGUUUGAAUUCAGGUUGUGCUGAAUCCAAGGUGUGGAAUCUUUUCAACAUUGUCUAGAAGAAGACUUUCAGAUUGUCUAAUACCUAAAGAUGGGUUUAUAUGAGCAUUCAGAUGUUCUUCAGUGGGGUAUUAAUCUUUUUGACAGUGACCCUGGUUAUAGUCCAGGAUACUACAGUGAUGUAGUUCAACAUGAUAAUAGUGAUGUCUAUAAUGGACACUACUUCCCAAGCCAUUACGAUACUGAACGUCGCCAAAUAGAGAAUGAUGAGAUCAUUGCACGGGCUCUACAAGAAGAAUUUUCACGGCUAGAUAUUGCUGAGUGUUCAAGGUAUUCACAGACAGAUGAUGAACGGUUCCAUGCUUCUGAGCCUGCCUGGCAUAACACAUCAAUGAUGAACUAUUAUUCAGGAGGUCAUGAUUAUGCCCAAGAUAGAGUGGAUGACGUUGAACCUUCUAGUUCAUGUUGUAGUCCUUGUGAAGCAGAGGACUGCUUCUUGGAGCUUACUGACAAUUAUCCACUAGAUGAUGAAAUUGGGAGGAGAUUGAGUCAGAUGAUUCCAAUUCCUCAUGUUCCAAAAAUUAAUGGGGAAAUUCCUUCAGUUGAUGAAGCAACUUCAGAUCAUCAGAGGCUUCUGGAUAGAUUGCAGUUAUAUGACUUUGUGGAGCAUAUGGUUCAAGGAGAUGGUAAUUGUCAGUUCCGUGCGUUAUCUGAUCAAUUGUAUAACACACCUGAUCACCACAAGUAUGUGAGACGACAAGUUGUGAACCAGCUGAAGUCUCAUCCAGAGAUUUAUGAGGGAUAUGUUCCCAUGGAAUAUGGAGAAUAUUUGGAGAAGAUGUCUAAGAGUGGUGAAUGGGGUGAUCACGUUACUCUUCAAGCAGCUGCAGAUUCGUAUGGUGUGAGAAUAUUUGUGAUGACUUCUUUCAAGGACACCUGUUGCAUAGAGAUUCUUCCUCAUUUUGAGAAGCCAAGAGUGAUUUUCCUGAGUUUUUGGGCAGAGGUGCAUUACAACUCCAUAUAUCCUCAAGGAGAUAUACCUUCAAGUGAGUCAAGAAAGAAGAAAAGGUGGUGGAACUUUGGAACUAAGCAUUAAUAGUGUGGCUGGCAUAAAAAGAGCACCGAUUUUCAACCUUUAAUGUGCCCAAAGUUUGGUGCCUAUGCAUUUUGGACCAUUGGAUUAUGUAUCCAAAUUCAUCCAAGAGUAAGCCAACAGCCAAUAAGGAUGCCUUCAACUCAACAGGGAUACCAAACCUUUGGGUUGCCAUAGAAUAGCCCCUAAUUUAUUAUGUUCGAAUUUCUUUGGCGGUCAUUUUUGUAUGAAUAAUUUGUUUUCUUUUUUAUUAAUUAUAAAUAUGGAUGUGCUGAGCCAGCUACAUCCAAGUGGACAUUUUGGAUGUUUCCUGGUAAAAGAUAAAUUUUAUGCGUAAAGGGUUAAAGUAUAGCAAAGUUUGUUU